AUGGAGAUCAUCGAUAGGCCACUCAGUGAAAUCAUCAAGGAGCAGAAGAUCGGCGAAAGCCUACGUAAGAACCGUCGUGGUGGUGGUGGGCGUGGUGGGCAGCAGAACACCCGCGGCAGUGGGCGCGGCGCACCCCGAAACGACCGCGGUAACCGAACGACGGGGCGUGGUGGCCGUGGCGCGGGCGUCCAGGAUCAGGGACGUCGUCACCGCCGCCCUCUGCGUCCUCGUGGCAACAACGACCGCUUCCGUCGCCUUGGAUUCAACCUCGACAAUCGUGGUGGAUUCGGUGCCCGUUACAGGCGCCGCAACGCAGUGGACGCUGGCGACGACCGCCGCGAUCGCUCCGUAAAGAGCACCGUCACGCAGCGUUACGGGAAGGCAGCAUUUGAGCGCAACGACCGCAUCAGGGACUCUCGCCGGCGUGAGGCCCUCUUACGCGCUCGCUCCCGCUUCUCCCGAGACUAG